GCAGCCAGAAAUGAUCUCUGCAUUCUGUUCCCUUCCAGGUCUCUUCACACUAUUGGUUGAAGAUUUUGGGGUCAAGGGGGUGCAGGUUGAAGAGAUCUAUGAUCUGCAGAGCAAAUGCCAAGGGCCUGUGUACGGGUUCAUCUUCCUGUUCAAGUGGAUCGAGGAGCGCAGAUCCCGCCGGAAGGUCUCCACCCUGGUGGAUGAGACGUCGGUGAUUGACGAUGACAUCGUUAAUAACAUGUUCUUUGCUCACCAGCUCAUUCCCAAUUCCUGUGCCACGCAUGCCCUGCUGAGUGUCCUCCUGAACUGCAACAAUGUCGACCUGGGCCCCACGCUGAGCCGCAUGAAGGAUUUCACCAAAGGAUUCAGCCCUGAGAGCAAAGGCUAUGCCAUCGGGAACGCCCCGGAGCUGGCCAAGGCCCACAACAGCCAUGCCAGGCCGGAGCCACGGCACCUGCCGGAAAAGCAGAACGGGAUCAGCGCCGUGCGAACCAUGGAGGCAUUUCACUUUGUCAGCUAUGUCCCCAUCAAGGGACGUCUGUUUGAGCUGGACGGCCUCAAGGUUUAUCCCAUUGACCACGGGCCUUGGGCUGAUGACGAAGAAUGGACAGACAAAGCCAGGAGAGUAAUCAUGGAACGGAUCGGCCUGGCCACUGCAGGGGAGCCCUACCACGACAUCCGCUUCAACCUGAUGGCGGUGGUGCCCGACCGCAGGAUGAAGUACGAGUCCAAGCUGCACAUCCUGAAGAUGAACCGCCAGACGGUGCUGGAGGCGCUGCAGCAGCUUAUCCGAGUAACUCAGCCUGAACUGAUCCAGACUCAGAAGCCCCAGGAGUCUCAGCCUUCUGAAGAGUCCAAGCCGGCCAGCAGCAAGAUGGCAGCCCCAGAGAGCACCCAUCCAGACAGCAGCGACGAGCCCGCCGGCCAGGGUCACGCUGCAGCCACGCAGAGCCCCCCCAGCAAAUGCAAACCGGUGGCAAAGCCAUCCGUGAGCAGUAUGAACGGGGCGCCUCCGGCAAACCCCAACCCCAUCGUGCAGAGGCUGCCGGCCUUCCUGGAUAACCACAAUUACGCCAAAUCCCCCAUGCAGGAAGAGGAAGACCUUGCAGCCGGAGUGGGUCGCAGUCGGGUGCCAGUCCGGCAGCACCAGCAGUACUCGGAUGAUGAAGAUGACUACGACGAUGACGAGGAGGAGGAAGUUCGUAACACCAACUCAGCCAUCAGGUACAAGAGGAAGGGGCAGGUAAAGCAAGAGCACGCGGCGGCGUCUGCGGACGGCCAGCUCUCGGUCCUGCAGCCCAACACCAUCAAUGUUCUGACUGAGAAGCUGAAGGAAUCUCAAAAGGACCUUUCCAUUCCCCUGUCCAUCAAGACAAGCAGCGGCGGCGCUGCCGUGGCCGUCGUCACCCAUUCCCAGCCUUCUCCCACCCCCAGCAACGAGAGCACGGACACGGCCUCGGAGAUCGGCAGCGCCUUCAACUCCCCGCUGCGCUCGCCCAUCCGCUCGGCCAACCCCACGCGCCCGUCCAGCCCCGUCACCUCGCACAUCUCCAAGGUGCUCUUUGGCGAGGAGGACGGGCUGCUGCGCGUGGACUGCAUGCGCUACAACCGCGCCGUCCGGGACCUGGGGCCCAUCAUCAGCACGGGCCUGCUGCACCUCACCGAGGACGGCGUGUUCUGCCCGCUGGCUGUUGCAGAUGGGGGAAAAGGUUCCCCCUCUUCCAUCAAACCCGGUGAAGAGACCCAGGUCGCUAUCAAGCUGGAAGAGAAGGAGGGCAGUGAGGCCAGUGACAGCAAAGAGAAGGUGGGACUUGGCAGGACCAGUGAUCACCCUGGGGGGGAAAAGUAUUCUCCCAAGGAGCUGCUGGCGCUGCUGAAGUGUGUGGAGGCAGAGAUCGCAAACUACGAGGCCUGCCUGAAGGAGGAGGUGGAGAAGAGGAAGAAAUUCAAGAUUGAUGACCAGAGGAGAACCCACAACUACGACGAGUUUAUUUGUACCUUCAUCUCCAUGCUGGCCCAGGAAGGCAUGCUGGCAAGCCUCGUAGAGCAGAACAUCUCCGUCCGCAGGCGCCAGGGAGUCAGCAUCGGACGCCUCCACAAGCAGAGGAAGCCGGACCGCCGGAAACGCUCCCGGCCAUACAAAGCCAAGCGCCAGUAGCCUCGGAGUCGAGACUGUGAGAAGCAGCUGGGCCCCGUGGCUUUGGGCAGUGACGCUUGGAUUUGUGUUACCCGUUGCCCAAGGAAGAGAGGACCCCCUGUGAGAGGCCCUUGGCUGGAUCCUCAGUGCUCGCACCCUUAGUGUUAUGUAAAGGGGGAGCCUGGGCGCAAACGGAAAUGGGGUUUUCCUCUGAGCCCAAGUUGUGAAAGGCAGAAAUGCCUUGUCCUAAGGGGAGCCCCUGUAGCUGC